GGGACGCUGAGCGUGGCGCCCGGAGGCAGGCUCAGGUCACGUUGAUGCUGGAGGAAGCUCCCCAGUACUCUCCCCGCCAUCUGCUCCUGCGCCGCCCCCCACCUCCCCGCCCGCCAUGGCAAUGAGCAGUGACCCAGGCCGGGAGAGGCCGGACCCAGACUCUGACAACCAGACCGGCAGUCUCUCGGACAUCAUGGCUGCCAUGACGACGGGAGACUCGGAUGGCUCCGCCGCCAACGGCGUGAGGAAUGGCGGGGCUCAGCAGGGUGGGGCUCAGACCAAGAGGAUCCGCCCGUUGCGGCCUCACCUGUCUGGGAGGAAGUUGUCUCUGCAAGAGAGAGGCACUUACCUGUCGUCGGGCCCCGGAGGAGGAUACACACACGUAUCCCCUCGCGUGGCUCGCAGGCCCACCGUGGAGUCUAAACACGUGUCCAUAUCAGACGCCCAGGACUGUAUCCAGUUGAACCAGUAUAAGCUGAAGAGUGAGAUUGGAAAGGGCUCCUACGGUGUGGUCAAACUCGCCUACAAUGAGGAUGAUGACAAACAUUAUGCCAUGAAGCUGGUGUCCAAGAAGAAGUUAAUGAAGCAGUGUGGUUUCCCACGUCGCCCACCCCCAAGGGGACCCAAGGCGGCCCAAGGAGAGCAGCCCAAGAUCUUAGGACCCCUGGAGAGAGUCUACCAAGAGAUAGCCAUCCUUAAAAAACUGGACCAUGUCAACAUUGUCAAGCUGGUGGAGGUGCUGGAUGAUCCAGCGGAGGACAACCUUCACAUGGUGUUUGAGCUGAUGCCUAAGGGUCCGGUGAUGGAAGUGCCCUCAGACAGUCCUUUGACAGAAGAGCAGGCGAGGUUAUACUUCAGAGACAUCAUCCUGGGCAUGGAGUACCUGCACUACCAGAAGAUUGUCCACCGGGACAUCAAGCCUUCUAACUUGCUGCUGGGGGACGAUGGCCAUGUGAAGAUAGCAGACUUUGGGGUCAGCAACCAGUUUGAGGGCAAUGACGCUAUGUUGUCAAGCACUGCUGGCACUCCUGCAUUUAUGGCACCAGAGACCCUCUCAGACGCACGGAAGAGCUUCAGCGGAAAAGCGCUGGACGUGUGGGCCAUGGGGGUCACUCUCUACUGUUUCGUCUUUGGGAAGUGCCCAUUUAUUGACGAGUACAUAUUGGCUUUGCACAAUAAGAUAAGGACCAGGCUUGUGGAUUUCCCAGAAAUACCAAAAAUCAGUGAAGAGCUGCGGACCCUGAUCCUGCGGAUGCUGGACAAGAACCCGGACACCAGGAUCACCAUCCCUGAGAUCAAGAUGGACCAGUGGGUGACCCAGGGAAGCACGGACCCCUUGCCUUUGGAGGAGGAGCACUGCUCUGUGGUGGAGGUGACAGAGGAGGACAUCCAGAACUCAGUCAAGUUUGUUCCCAGCCUCUCUGCCGUGAUUAUGGUGAGAGCCAUGCUGAGGAAGCGCUCCUUCAGCAACCCCUUCGAGUGUCCCAGCAGGAGAGAGGAGAGGUCCAUGUCUGCGCCUGGCAGCCUGCUCAUGGACUCUUGGCCCUUCCGGCCCUCUUUAAAACUGCACCCGUCUCUCAGAAAGAGCAGCACGGGAGACGGACCCAGAGACGGAGAGCUGGAGGACCUGCAUGAAGACGAGCCCUCCUCUUGAGUCUUUCAACAGAGCUUUGUCCUCUUUGCACGUGUGCUCCCAUCUUCAUCCGAACCUUUCCUUCAAAUCAGUGACACACUACGGGCCUAUCGUUCUAUACACUGGACAGACUGAUGGUUUUAACCUGCUUUAUUGCUUUUGUUUACACUCAAACUCUGGCUUGCUUUAGUUUUUGCUUGCCAUCAGCCUCAGCGCAUUCCUUCUACCCCCAUCUUCCUCCUCCAACUUUGAUCCACCAUGUUAACUGUUCAACCGUUUACUGUUGUGACUGGCAUCAGUGAACCAAGAAGAGGAACUCUGCUGAAGAAAGACACGCACAUGUUUGUCAGCGGGCAUUGCACUCCAAGGUGGGAAGAACACUGUCAAGCUCAGAUGUGUUUUUUUCACCCGUCUGCAUGGAUGAAUAGUUCGGCCUCUCUUCAGUGAACUACAGGGCUUCAUUUAUUUUUUUUAUUUGACGACUCUAAUAUUGUACAUAGAUGUCUUGAGGUAUCAUCGAUGUGUUCGUCUCACUGCCCUGUUCUUUUGUCUGUGCCAUCGGUAGCUUUUUUUACUUUGGAGCUGAAGUCCUUCCUGUGCUGCCUUCACAGUCACAGACUUCUCUGACAGGAAGGACAAAGGAAGUAGGCUUUUGAAGGGCAAUCGCACAGAUAGGAAAGCGACUUUGCCACGCUCGGCCACAUUUCAAAGUUUCAAAGUAAUGUGUAAUUAUUUCUGUGUUCGAAGUCAUGUCACGUUCUUGUUUGUCCAAUGAUUCCUUCUCUCUCUCUGCUUUCAUAUCUCCAUGUACUGUUUGAUUAGAUGUGAGGUAAUUGCGAGAGAAACUGGAGGGACUGUGAACUACUCCGAUUGCCUAUACUUUAAAGAAUUCCUCUUACAAAUUAGUGUUGUAUUAUUAUACAAUAGUCUUGGAUGCAGAACUCUUUGAAGGCAUAAAUAAUCUUUUUUUACCAAGAUAAACAUCAAUGAUUUAUCUUCUAGAAAAAAUUGAGGGGGAGAUUUAAAAAACGGGGGAGCAUGGUUUAUGUUUCUUUUUUGCUCAGGGGAGGAAAAGAAGAGAAAGGUCUUUUUUAUUUUCUAACAACCCAAAUUUAUAUUUCAGUAUUCCCUUUGCA